GCCUCGUAAGCAUUUACGUUUUCCUGCUGGCAUGUGGCAUACGUCUCAGGCUUAUCCGACAUUUAGUCGAAGUUCUGCUAGUGAAACGACAGGAUUGUCGAGAGAGAUCGGCAAGAUAGUCAAUCACGUAUCUUUUAGUUUGUUUUCUGUGUAACUUGCUCGUAAACCAUGAGUAUUUCAAAGACAUCAACGGAGGAGAGCCUGCAAUAUAUCAGGCAAUCCUUGACAUCGGAAGAAAUGGAUCACUUGGAAGGAACUCAUUUCGACAGGCUAAUUCCGCAUCUGUUUGUUACUCUCGGAGCAUCUGGUGAUCUUGCUAAGAAGAAAAUCUAUCCAACUCUAUGGUGGCUUUUUCGAGACAAUCUUCUGCCGAAACCCACCACCUUCAUUGGGUAUGCUAGAAGCAAAUUGACGGUACAGCAAUUGCGUGAAAAAUGUCAUCCGUAUAUGAAAGUGAAGUCAAGCGAAGAGGAAAAGUAUGAGGAAUUUUGGAAACUGAAUCAUUACGUUGCUGGUGUAUACGAUAAGCGAGAUGACUUCGAGCGAUUAGAUCGUGAAUUGCAAAAAUACGAACAAGGACAAGUUGCGCAUAGGCUGUUUUACUUGGCACUGCCACCGAGUGUAUUCGAAAGUGUUACACUACGCCUUCGACUUACCUGCAUGGGAAAUAAAGGAUGGACAAGAAUAAUAAUCGAGAAACCGUUUGGUCAUGACGCAAUCUCGUCACAGAAGCUCUCCGAAAAUUUGGCGUCUCUGUUCAGCGAGGAGCAGAUUUAUCGUAUCGAUCAUUACCUCGGCAAAGAGAUGGUACAGAAUCUGAUGACUUUGAGAUUCGGAAAUAGGGUGUUUAAUCCGUCAUGGAAUCGGGAUAAUAUAGCUUCGGUGCAGAUCACCUUCAAGGAACCAUUUGGUACUCAGGGUAGAGGCGGCUAUUUCGACGAGUUCGGCAUCAUCAGAGAUGUGAUGCAGAAUCAUCUGCUGCAGAUUUUGUCUCUAGUAGCCAUGGAGAAACCUGCAUCUUGUCAUCCAGACGAUAUUAGAAAUGAGAAGGUAAAAGUUUUGAGAUGCAUUAAGGAACUACAACUUGAAAAUGUGAUUCUCGGUCAAUAUGUCGGAGAUCCGGAUGCUGAGGAUCCAGAAGCACAUUUAGGUUACUUGGAUGAUCCCACGGUACCAACAAGUUCUAAUACACCAACUUUUGCUUUAGCAGUGCUAAAAAUAAAUAAUGAAAGAUGGGAUGGAGUUCCGUUCAUUCUCAGAUGUGGAAAAGCUUUAAAUGAACGCAAAGCAGAAGUUAGAAUACAAUAUCACGACGUACCAGGUGAUAUUUUUGAUGGGAAGCCGAAGAGAAACGAAAUGGUGAUAAGAGUACAGCCAGGUGAAGCAUUAUAUAUUAAAAUGAUGACGAAGUCUCCUGGUAUCACAUUCGAUAUGGAAGAAACAGAAUUAGAUCUUACUUAUGGUAAUAGAUACAAGGAUUUAAAAUUACCGGACGCUUAUGAAAGAUUGAUCUUAGAUGUUUUUUGUGGUUCGCAAAUGCAUUUCGUACGAAAUGAUGAAUUGCAGGAAGCGUGGCGAAUAUUUACGCCAUUACUUCAUCGAAUCGAAAAAGAGAAAAUCCAGCCCGUUCCAUAUAAAUAUGGGUCUCGGGGACCCAAGGAAGCGGAUGACAUGGCAAAAAGAAAUAAUUUCGCUUAUUAUGGUUCAUACAAAUGGGUAAAACCGUGACACUGUGAUACAUAAUCAUUAUAUAUUAUGCAAGUACAAAUUUUAAAAAAUCUAUGAAGAUUUACUUAAGAUUUACUAAAGAGGCACAAUUUUUAGAAACUUCUGCAUUUCAAAAAUUUUGAGAUCAUUAUAUACAU